GGGAUCUCUCUCUCUCUCUUUCAUAAACAAAACUCAACUUUCUCUCUCUAAAACACACACAUUCUUCUCUCUCUAAAGAAACCCAUCUUCCUUCCUUUUCACAAGAGAGAGAGAGAGACUGGCCCAGCAGAUCAAAAAUCUUCAUUGUUUUUCUCUCAUAACCAUUAACUGAUGAUCCAACAUCCUUCAUUGCUGCUGCUGCUUUAUCUUCCCACCAUUGUUACUAUCAAUUAACAAUCACUUCAUCACCACCACUCUAUUAUUUAUUUCUUCUUCUUAUUAUUAUUAUUAAAAAAAAUAAUAUAUAUAUUUUUUUAAUAAAUUUGCUGAAAUUUCAAGAUUUCUUGAGUUCAUGGGUAGUGCAGAAAAGUAGUUCAAUGAUUCAAUCAGUUUCAAUUUCAUCAAGAACAGAGCUCAGAAGGAUGUGGUUCUAAGGAAUGGGAACAGAAGUGCACUCUAAGAACUUGUUCCCAGGGUAUCACACCAUGAGGAAUGUUAAUGAAGAUUCCAAUAGUAGCAGCUGGCAUCUUUUUAACACCUUGACAAACGGGCAUUAUUACGAUGGUUUUACUCCAAGAACGGUCACCGAUGCUUAUUCCGGUCACGAUAAAGAUGAGUUGAAACACAAAAUGCUUCAACACGAAGCCGUCUUUAAGGACCAGGUUCAUGAACUCCACCGUCUUUAUAGAAGACAACGAGACAUAAUGGAAGAAGUUAAACGGAGAGAGUUCAAUAAAUAUCCGAUCUCUAUCGACACAUCAUCGUCCUCGAGCCACAUGCCGGUUCAAAAACCUUAUGAAGACGCUAACAGGUGGCAGAGUCCUAGCUUCCCGUUGGGUAACAAUAACACUACAUCUCGAGCGUUCAUUUUUGGAGCAGAGAUAACUAAUUCUCCGUUAAGUUCAAAAGGAAACGGUUCAAAGGAUUGUGAGAUAGUGGAAUGUAGACCUUCGAAAGUUAGGAAAAAGUUAUUUGAUCUUCAACUUCCGGGUCAUGAGUACGUUGACCCGGAAGACGGUGAACAUAUUGUAGAUAACCAGACAUCAGAAAUCUCAAGCUACCCUGCUAAAGGAAAUGGAUUUGUAACUAAAAAUGGAGUAAAAUCGUUUCUUGAUGAUGGCGGGAAGAAAGACGGGAAUGCGAAUACUGGAUCUGGUCAACACGUUAUGCGGUCUAAUGGGUUGGCAGAUCUUAAUGAACCCGUUCAUGGUCAAGAUGUUGACUUUCUUGGCCCGCAUGCUAAAACAGAUGGAUACGGUAAUUUACCAUUUGAGGGUAAUAGCAAUGGACGGCACACGUUUUCUUGUCUGCGCGAACCAGGGAACAGUGGAGGCAAUACGAACUACACAUCCCGAUAUUUCGAAACCAGUAAGAUGGUUACACCUUCCGACACAAUGCACAAUAAAGAGUUUCGACAUCAAGGAGUUUAUCCGGAAUUUUCUUCAAAAGUUCAAGAUUGGUCUCAUUUUAAUCAAACCCCUUUGCUAUUUAACGCUUCUAGCGCAUACCCGUUUGCUAGCACCCCAAAUAAGGGGAAUUCAUUGUCUUCAUCUUGGAUAAAGUCAGCCAAUAACUUGACUCACAAGUUAACCUCAUUUCAAAAACACGCAUCGUUUUUGUCAUCUCCUAAGAGCCACGAGGUAUUUAAAGACACGUGGCAUAGAAAUGGCAAUGGGUUUUACAAUGGGUCAUCGUCUGGGUCGAAAGAACUUCAUGCACGAUCGCAUUCGGUCGGUUUUGGUUAUCGAAACUGCAAUAACCUUGACGAUGGGUCUCAAAAGAUCUUUAACGGGUCAAACUUUGUUGAUUUAACAGGUACUACCAAAGAUAUGGACUUGAAUACCGUUCAAAAUUUGUCUAACGAAGACGAUAAUUCAAUAAAACGUGACCAAACAGCAUUGCCAUGGCUUAGAGCUAAACCGGGUAUUUGUACAAAUGGUGAUCGUUCGGGUGAUUUGGAAAAGAAAAACGAUGAUUCUUCGGGUACUAAUAAAAAGUUAUUAGGAUUUCCGAUUUUCGGGAACUUUUGUGUUGUGAAAACCGACGAUACGUCUGCUGUUUCGACCUCUCCAUCAAUCGAACACAGAGGAAUUGACAUUAACGUGACGUGGGAUGGUGAUACGGAAAAGCAGAUUGACGCUAAAACAGAUGAAGCGGAAAUCAAGAGUUUCAAAAAUCAUUUCGACUUGAAUUCUUGUGUGACGGAGGAUGAUGAUUUGUUAGUAACGGAGUCUGUUAAAAGCUCGAAGAAGAGAACAAUGGAGAUAGAUUUAGAAGCACCCGCUGUUUCAGAGAUUGCGGAAGACGAUGAACGCAAAGAAACCGAUCGUUUCGAAAGCAUGGAGCUUGAAAAGAUUGCAGCUGAAGUAAUCGCUGCAAUAUCUAGUCAGCAAAAUCAUGUAGGGCCCAUGUCAAAACCAGACAACGACAACAACACCGACAAUGACAACGAUCCACUUUUAUGGUUCGUCAAGGUGAUUGAUUCCGCAGCCCGUGAAACGGAUGAGUAUGAGAUGUUGACUUUACAAUUAGAGGAGACUAAAGAAGAAGAUUACAUGCCUACGCCAUUGGUUCCUGAUUUUCAGGAACCUGAUGAAGUGGGGCCCGCUUUAACGAGUAGUAGACCCCGAAGAGGACAAGCAAGGAGAGGUAGGCCCCGCAGGGAUUUCCAAAGGGAUAUCCUUCCGGGUAUGACUUCUUUAUCAAGGCAUGAGAUAACCGAAGAUCUUCAAAUAUUUGGCGGGUUGAUGAAAGCUACGGGUCAUUCUUGGAAUUUAGGAUCAACAAGGAGGAACGGGAAACGAUUAGGAGCGUGGAGUAAGCGGAAGGUGAAGGCGGUGGAGACAACUCCGGCCGCCACCUCACUACCACCAACGUUGCCAGCGCCACUGUCAUCAAAGCAGGUUAACAACGUUGACGUGGUGGGAUUGGAUGAAAGAAGCUUGACAGGGUGGGGUAAGACAACGAGACGACCUCGAAGGCAAAGAUGCGCUCCUGGUAGUUCUGUUGCGGUCCAAUCAGCGUGAACUUCACGCAAAUUGAUGAUCAAGUUGACAGCUUUUGGACGAGACGUGUUGUGCAAGCUUGUUGGGAACCUUGUGGUUUAUAGGGUUCAUGUGAAAAAUUGGAAUUUUAGGCAUUGGUGAUGGUGAAGUUGCUAAUCAAGUGAAGUUGUUUUGGAAUGUGUUCAUGUACCAUAUAAAGUGUCCUUCGGGUGUUUGAUCGAAGGCCUCCAAGAAAAAGAAAUCAAAUUUAUGUGUUGGGAUUUUGAGUUAAAGAAAUCAAGUUUAUGUGUUGGGAUUUUGAGUUUGUAUCCACAUUAAUGGUCAGGCAUGUUCUUCAAGCUCCUCUUCAACUUUAUUGAAAUGUUUUGACAGUUUCGUAUCUUCAUAUCGAACGAGGGUUGGAGUGUUAGUUGUGGCAAGACGUCGGGUGAAGAACCUAUAAGUUGGUGUAGUUAAAACAUUUAGACUAGUCGAGGCAACUUUUGCGUAUGCUGGCGAACUUGUGAUCAUUGUUUAGAGAAUGAUAAUUAUACUAAGUCUUUAAAUUGGACAA